GAAGCAAAAUGAAUGUUAUGGAAAUCCUUCAGAAACAAUUUCAGGACAGUGCUGAAAAGCUUCAAAGUGUUCAAAAAGAUUACAGUAAAACUUUAAGUGAUAGACAAACUUUGGACAGUCAGUUAAAUGAAAAUAGACAGGUGAAAGAGGAAUUAGAUCUUGCCACCGAAGAAAGCAAGAUUUACAAACUUAUUGGUCCUGCUCUUGUAACCCAAGAUCUGGUUGAAGCCAAGAGUAAUGUUGAGAAGAGGAUCUCCUAUAUCUCCGGUGAGCUGAAGAGGAAGGAUGAUCAGCUCAAGGAUAUGGAUAAGAAGCAGGACGAGGCUAGAGAGAAGAUGCAGGAGAUACAAACCCAGCUACAAAAACUCCAGCAAGCUCCAAACUAAUCUUGUCAAUUUAAACCCUCCUGGCUAUCAGGGAUCCACGGUUCUAUUCCGGCUAAUAGGGAUCUCCUUUCUGCUCCUCGGGAUCUCCGCUUUAAGCUUUACAUUUCAUUUCAGA